GUGGGCGUGGCCACCGCGUGGAGCAUCGCUGUGCAGGAACUGUCAUCGAGCUGCAGCGCUGAGACAUGCUAACCUGCCUCUGGACCGGGAAUACAACCACCCAGCUUCAGCCCCAGCAUGACACAAGGCUCCAGGGAGGGGAUCGGUGUGGAUGGGGGGAGGAAUCCGUCCACAAAGCCCGAAGGUUGCGACGAGGAGGAGAGCGGAGAGCAGGCGAGCGAGGAGCGCAGUACAAAGGGAGACGGCGGAGUGGAAAUCCUUAAUCCAUCAGCCCCGGGUCUGGGCUCCGGUCUCGGCUCCGGUUCAGCCCCGGUGCCCCCCGCCUCUCCGCCCAGCCGAACCGGCUCAGCCUCGAACCAGCAGCCUCAGACCUCCGCGGAAUCCGCCCCUCCGUGUCACGACCAGCAUCAUUUUCUGCGAUCCAGCGUCCGACCUCCGAGCAAGCGGAUACGGAAGGAUUCCGGCGGCGCCGCUAUCAAUGGACAUGGCGGGGCCAGAUCCAAAGGUCCAGAGAAUGGGUCUUCCUCCCACGGGGCUGUGGGACAGUCGGGACCCAUUGCCAACUCCACAGGAGGAGUGUCCAAGGCAUCCAAGGGUCAAGGGUCUGCUGAGAAGGAGGAGCAAGCUGGUAGCCAGAAACGAGCUCGUCGGCAGUGGGAGUCUUGGAGCGCAGAGGACAAAAACAGCUUCUUUGAGGGGCUCUAUGAGCAUGGAAAGGAUUUUGAGGCAAUCCAAAAUAACAUUGCAAUGAAGUACAAGAAGAGGGGCAAGCCGGCCAACAUGGUGAAGAACAAAGAGCAGGUCCGUCACUUCUACUACCGCACCUGGCACAAGAUCUCCAAACACAUCGACUUUGCCAAUGUUUACUCCAGGGUGUUGAAGAAAUCUUCUCAAGAACUGUACGGUCUUAUCUGCUAUGCCGAGCUCCGCAAGAAAGUUGGAGGAUUAAUGGAUGAUAAAAACGUUGCAAAGUUGAACGAACUCAUCCAGCAAGGAGCCACCACAGUGCGUUCUAAAGGGAGGAACCUGCGAAUCAAAGCACCAAUGUGUCGUGCGCUGAAGAAACUCUGUGAUCCAGAUGGUGUGAGUGAUGAAGAGGACCAGAAGCCAGUGCGCUUACCCCUGAAGGUGGCGGUGGAGCUCCAGCCACGCAGUAAUCACUCCUGGGCCCGCGUUCAGAGUCUCGCCCACAAUCCCCGGCUCAGGAUGGUGGUGGAGCUCCACAGGAAAGUUUCCAGCCUCAUCGAGUAUCUGAAACAGAAGUGGGCUUACCAGGACCAACGGAUUCUUAAGAGUCUCAUGGAGAGGGAGGCUCUAGAUGGCGGUCAGUCCGAACCAGCCUCUCCCAGCAAAGCUCAGCAGGAGGAGCUCUUUCUCUUCCCGGCUGAGAACAGUACCUUGACCACACUCCCCGGUGUGGCACGAGUGGUUCAUUCCAAGGCCUCCUGCACUGUACAUUGGCUAGAAACUGGCAAGAACCGGCCCAAUGCCAAGGAACUACCAGCUGCGCAGAUCUUAGGCAUUCACACAGCACCAUCUCAACGAGGUGGCAACAAAUCUGGACGGGGAAGUGCUGCUGUUGCUGGUGUUCCAGCGACUGCACUGGGCGAUUCUCGUCGGACUGAACCCUCUAAUGUUGAAUCAAUUCCUGACACUCCUCCAAAGGUAGAAGAGAAGAGACCUCAGUCUCUCUCUCUUUCCUCUCAGCAAACUGCAUGUCAUGGAGAAGAAGGAAAUGGUUUGGGAUCUUGUGAGACUGGCAAGACGUGCAGUGGUGGGGAGGCCAGUGGUGGCUUAGCAGUGACGAAAAGCGCAGAUAUGUUGUAUAGUGGUGCAGAGAACUCAUCCGAGCAAUGCAAAGAAGAGCAGAGCAGCAGUUCUUCUCCAGAUGCAACACAGACCACUCCAGCAAAACCCUCCGUGACGAGCUCAGAGGAGGGCGUGUCACAGGGCUCUGCACCACUCGCCAAAGAACGGACCGCUGAGCAGAUCAGAGAGGAAGGCUGGAGCGCCCGUGAUGCAGAGAACGUCACUCUUGCUGAGCUCUACCUGAUGUCUGGAAAACCAGGCAAGCUCCAGCUGGAGUAUGAAUGGCAGGCAAUGGCAGUUUUGUCCAGCAACCAAGAAAAUGCUCAGCCUGCAGUCCAGGACAAGUCCAGCAGGUCAAAUCGAGUUUUGCGCUGCCUGCUAAAACUGGUUACAACCGAGGUCAAUCCAAAACCUUUGGCUCCAGAGAUGUGCUCCACAGCCACGUCCCCACUCAAGACCCAGCAGGAGGAGCAGACCCAGGCCCUCACUCCUCCAGGGAAGGGAUCAGUCCCGGGCGUUCGCAGCCCCGGCUGUGGACGACAACAGGCUGCUGUCCGCGUGGCCAGGAUUCACCCGACAAACGCUGCACCCUCAGGUGGACGCAACCUUCCUCGCUCUCUGCUGGGGUCGACUGCUGGCAGUGACUCCGAGGGCAGCGUGUUCGCGGUGCCCACCACCCUCCCCCCCAACAGCACACGGCACAACAGAAUGUUCUCCCCUAACAAGGAAGCUCAGCUGGCCUUCAGGCAGCAGCUCGACUCCAUCAGUAUGCAGUCAGAUCUUUUCCUUUCUAGACAGAGAAAACCUCGGAGCAGACAACUUCGAAAACCUCUUGUAGUUCAGCGAACACUGCUGCCCAGAACAACAGGAGACACUCCUCAACAUGUGUGCUCUUUCUCCAUCCUCUCAAACUCCUCUGCUACAGGAACUGGAUCCUUCCGGCCAAUUCAUACUCGCCUGACUCCUUCCUCCCGCCCUCCCCUGACCAAAACUACGCCUGCAGCGUCCAGCCCUGCACCAGCCAGCCACCUCUCCAGUGCCAUUGACCUGGCAGCCAAGUCUGCAGGCAUCAUCCCUGGCAGUCCCUGUCGGCAACUAGACUCUUCCUCUGCUGACGACAGCACUCUGCUGGCAACAACACCCAUUGUUGAUGCUGAACCAGAGUCCCAGCUCCUCCGGCAAAAUGUCCCAGAGAAUGGUUUGCCUCCACCGUCUCCUGGAGUGACUGGUGGUGGAGACUCGCUGCUCUCUCCUCCCAGUGUCGCCUCCCUCCUCGACAUCUCCCUGCCAGGCCCCCCAGAAGAGGCUCUCGCCCCCGGAGAACCUCAAACACACAUCAGCGACUCCAUCAUCGAGCUUGCCAUCAACUCAACACACUACGGUGAAGAGGCUGCUCUUUCUCCAGCUAAACUGGGCAAUGGCGACCACUCCAAACUGCUGGCCUCGUCUCCCUCCGUCAGCCCAUCCAGAGGCUGGAUCCCGUCACCGAGCCACGACCCCCAGUGGUAUCCCAGCGACUCCUCCGACUCCACCCUGGGGUGCCUCCUUUCCAGCAUGGUGUCCCCUGAUAAGAGCAAGCGGUCCACCCUGACCCCCUCCGGUCCCUCCAGCGGCACGGCCCUGCUCGGCCCCAGCCUCCUGGACUGCAGCUCCCAUGACUCCUUCCAGUCCCGUGGCCUUCCUGAUGUGGCAGAGAUGGACUCUCAGCUUGCCUGCAUGAUGAGCGAGAGCAGUGUGGACUACAUCGCUCGGUUCAAUGACCUGGCUCAGGAGCUGGCGGUGACAGAACCCUCCAUCCCACCUCCCUGAAGAACAGGAGAGCCGGCUCCGCCGGGCCAAUGCCAUCUGGAGGACACGCAUCGCUGAGUGAGAGGAAGAGAUGUCUCCUGUUUGACUUUUCCUCCGUUUUGGAGGAAACGUGGAGAAAGUCCAGUCUCCCCUAAAGCCAUCCCUGCCCCGUUUGUCAAAGUGCAAUAGAACAGUGAACCCCAGCCAUUGUACAAAGCAAGUUGGUUUCACUGAACUCUUUUUAUUAUUUUUAAGUUAAGAUGCCCUUUAAAAACAAACACUUUAGAUAAAUAAAUGUGUUUACAAAACGCAACCUCAUGUACAGGAAAAUACUAUGCCAUAUUUGAACAAAAUAUUUUCACUAGUCUGUCUUGUCCUGCUCUGUGUGUGUGUGCGUGUGUGUGUGUGUGCGUGUGUGCGUGCGUGUGUGUCUUAACUAAAUGUGCAAGUCAUAUCUGACCAGGCAGCCGCUGAAGUGUGAUUUUAUUUUAUUUUUUUAUCUUAUUUUUUUAAACUAAUGGCAGCAAGAAAUAGGUUGAAUCUGGUUAGAAGUUCCGGUUCUGGCUCAGUUGCAAAUGUGGAAACAGAACACGUGGAGGAACAAACUUUGUUGUUGCACUUCAUUUCCCGUGCCCAUCAUCUCGUAUCAGUUCAGGUCUUAUCGGUUUUAUUUUAACUGCAUGUUUGGAAUUUGGUUUUAUUUCUCACAGCCACAUAUAGAAUGGCAGCUUGUUGAUUAACUUUACAGAUGUGAAUUUCUGGAGUUACUACCCUUGAAUUUUACAUUGAAAUCUUUUUUUUUUUAUUUAUUUAUCUCUGCACUUGCAGCAAAUUUUGAGGUGCUAAAAUUGGCAGAAACAACUGAACAAAUGACCUUCAUUUUCAGUUGUUUGAGUGGAAAAAGUUGGAAGGACAAUUUUAACCCUUUUUUUUCCUUCCACAUUUCAUUAAGCUGGUUCUUAUUUUUUAUAUAUUAUUUCCGAAACCUUUACUUCUGGUGAGAUUUUUGAAUAAUCUCAUGACGUGGUAAUAUUUCAGCUACACUGAGAAACAUAAUAUUUGAGCUGAUUUACCUUGACUCACUUGUGUGCAUCCGGCAGUCCCAACUACUUCAGAAAAGUGUUUUCAGUCAUGUGCUUUUUUCAUUACUGGACUCGAAUUACAUACAUAUCUCUUGGUUAUUAAAAGGAAGUAAUUGAACACUCAGUUUAAACUUCAUAAAAAUGAGCAGUCAAAAAGAAUGUAAUUAAAUCAAACACUAAAGCCAUAGCUGACUUCCUGCUUCUUUUAUUCAACUUUUAUGUCAUUAAAAAGGAAAAAAAACUUGCAUAACUUUAAUUCCAAUUAGAUUAUUAUUGGGGUGUGACAACACUAUAACUAAUAGCAGCAUGAUCGGCUUCUAAAUGUGUUCUUCCUCUAACAUCAUGUCAUGAUUGUUUGAGAUUAGAGGCCGGUUAGAUUAAGAGGUCCGGUAGUUGAUGGUGAAUACAUAGAUUUAAAACAUGCUGUCCUGAUUCUGUGCGUUACACAUUUAAAAUAACAAUCAUUAAUGUACAUUAAUGCGAAUGUCUUAUCAACAAUGGUUUAAUUGGAGUGUAAAACUGUAGGCGAGGUGGUGUCAUCAUUCCAUAAAAGUGAUAAUUUUUUUGCUUUCCUUUAAGCCCUUUGAAGGUUUUGGUUUAUUUGUUAAUGCUAUGUGAUGUUUAUACAUUUGAGAAAGAUCUGAAACGCACCCUGUCACAUUACAUUCUAAAUAAGGAAUAAAUGGCAGGUUUUGUCACUAAAUCUGGCAAGCUUGUCUGUUCCUGUUGAAGGAUUUGUUUGUACAAAUGGGAAUUCCAAUAUUCAUUGCAAUUGUGUAACAUAGUGUAAAUUGUUAUUUGGACUAUUUAUUGUUAAGAUUUCUGAAAAAAGUGGUUCCUGUUUAACUUAAUUUUAAGGUAACAUCUAAAAAAAGAAAAAACAGUUUUCAGUCUGUAAAAAGUGUUUUUAUUCUGUGUAUAA